GUCAGGCAAUUAACUUAUUGCAGUGGGGCCCGCCGCCCCGGACGAGAGAGGGAGAGGUGGGUCAAUCGCCCCCUCUCCUGACCGUUGGCGCCCGUCUCGGCGAAGCUUGUGUGCAUCCUGCCAUGUGCCUUGGCAUAAUUAAAAGGCACGAUCCAUCCUCCUCCGAUGUGUCGUGACUGUCUGUGAGAACGGCAGCUCUUCCAAACAGCAGUCAUCCUGACAUUCAUUCACUCUCUACCUGUGGACUGUGUCCCUCACUGUCUUUUCUGUCCCCCAACUGACCUGUGGUCACUUACAAUCAUUUGAAAAACGUCUGCAACCCUUCGUUCAUCACCAGACAAUCCACUCACUAAGAACAACAAGACAAGAUGCCUUGCGUAAGGAAAUCAACCCUGAGCAGUGCCCUCGCGGCGGCCACGGCGACCCUGUCGUCCAUCUACGGUGGCCCUGCGCCCACCUCGACCACGGCUGCUGUCCAAACAUAUGUCCCCGUGGUUGCAUCCUCGUCCGUGGUUGCUUCCUCGUCCGUGGUUGCGUCCUCGUCCGUGGUUGCGUCCUCGUCCGUGGUUGCGUCGUCUUCCAUGGCUGCAUCGUCUUCCGUGGCCAGCAGCAUGGCGGCCCAGCCCACUGGUGCCAGUGGUGGCUCGUCGACCGUGCCGACUCCGACGGGCAACCAGACCGCCUACGCCGGUGUCAACAUUGCCGGGUUUGACUUUGGAUGCGGUACCGACGGAACGUGCACUGUGGAUGGCAUCACUGUCCCCAGCCUCGGCGCGGCUCAGAUGCAGCACUUCAAGAAGGACAACGGCCUGAACCUCUUCCGUCUGCCUGUUGGAUGGCAGUACCUCACAAACAAUGUUGCCAGUGGGGACCUUGACGCUACCAACUUUGGCAAGUACGAUGCGCUGAUGCAGGACUGCUUGGAUCUCGGCGUGAAGUGUGUGCUCGAUGUCCACAACUACGGCCGUUUCAAUGGACAGGUCAUCGGCCAAGGUGGCCCAUCCAACGACGACUUCGCUGCCCUCUGGACCUCUCUGGCGACCAAAUACGCAAAGGAGCCGAAUGUCAUCUUCGGCAUCAUGAACGAGCCACACGACCUGACCACCUCCACCUGGGCCGACACGGUCCAGGCCGCCGUCACCGCCAUCCGCAAGGUCGCCCCGGACAACUGGCUCCUCAUCCCGGGCAGCACCUACUCGUCCGCCGCCCAGCUGCCCACCGAGGCCGGGCCCGACCUGCUCAAGGUCACCAACCCCGACGGCAGCACCAAGAACAUCUUCUUUGAUGUCCACAAGUACCUGGACAGCGACAACUCGGGCACCAACGCGGAGUGCACGACCAACAACAUCGACGACGCCUUCGCGCCCCUGGCCAAGUGGCUGCGCGCCAACAACCGCCAGGCGAUGCUCACCGAGACGGGCGGCGGCAACACCGCGUCGUGCGAGAAGUACGUCUGCGAGCAGUUCGACUUCCUGAACCAGAACGCCGACGUGUUCCUGGGCUACGUCGGCUGGGCCGCCGGCGGCUUUGACGCCUCCUACGUGCUGACCCUGACCCCGACUGGCUCUACUGCGGACUCCAUGCAGGACACCUCCCUGAUGAGCAAGUGCUACGCGAGGAACUAGGAGGUUCGGACGGGGAGGCUGGGAUGGGGACGCUGUCGUGUAUGAGGCUGUCCUGUGAGAAGUCGUCCCACGGGGGGUUGUCUUGUGGGAUGCCUGUCUGCUUUCACUUCCACCUGUAAAUAUCGUUUCGCAUAGCCUAGGCCGUGCAUUUGAAGGCUACUGCCAAAGAAAAAGCGGCAAUAUCAACGAAAUUGGAUCAAGUGACAAAA